UACGUACAUCCUGAGCAGACAAAUAACAAAAGAAUGAUUUACAAAGACACGAAAAGAGAUUAGAAUCGGCAAGUUAGCAGGGCAUGUGAUAAGUCGACAAGCUUUAUCUCUCUCCAUAUUAAGUAUCUGGUCCACCCGUUGACAAUAACAAAAGUUAGUGGAAUUCCAACCAGUUUACCCGUGUGAGAGCCAAGUAAACAAAGAAGAAUUUAUCACGUUGGUGAAAAACGCGUUCCUUCUUUCGGAGUGACUACUGAACACGAUACUUGUGGCUACUCUAUCAAGCUGCAGUCUUCCGAUCCGUCUUGAUCAUAUUUUACCCUCAACCAUCGUCUGCUUGUGCAUGGUUCUUGAUUUCUAAGGAGUUUUUGAGAGUUCAAAAGAACUAGUUCGAGGAUUGAGUCCUUCAGGUGUCGAGAGAUCAAACACAGCCACUAAAGUUUCACUUGGCAAUAAAGACUAAUUUGUUUGUUUGGCCAAGUGACACCUUUUGGAUCAAGCGUGAUGUAGGAGAACGUCUACGAUAUCUUCUCAUCUCUGAGUUUGAACUAGAAUUUUCAUCUGGAAUCACUGCAGAAAAAGUCUCAGUGUAAGGAUUUCUUCGCACGAUUAAGCAGAACAUAUUAGCGUUGUGCUAAAUUGUACAGUUAAUGGUUGCCAUCGAGCUUGAUUACAACAUCACAGUCACAUCAAUAAGGCGUUCCUCUUUUAGCAUUCACCUCCAAUAAAUCAAUAAUAUUACUGACAGACGAAAAAACAAUUUGCAGACCGUUUGUUGCUUUACAUUAGGAUGAGGAGACGACGAAGUGUGCAGCACCACCAACACAGCUUGAAAAGCCUUCAAGCAGUGGUACUUGGAAAAGAUGGAGUUGGGAAAUCAGCUUUAACAGUUCGUAUGUUGACAAGGCGAUUCAUCGGAGAAUACGACGUUUCACUUGAGGCAACUUAUCGACAUCACACAGUUAUUGAUGGUCAGUUUGUGUCGUUAGCUAUCAUGGAUACAGCUGGAAAGAACUCACGUGACAAGAUGGACACAUGCCUAACGUUUGGUGAGCUGUUUUUCAUCGUAUACUCAACAACUGACCGCACGUCAUUUGACGAAGCUCGCCUACUAGUCAAGUACAUCCAACAAGACAAAACCAUCCAGUCCAGCCCCUAUUUAAUAGCUAUCGUCGCUACCAAAAAAGACUUAAAACAUUUGCGCCAGGUAGAGGAAUAUGAAGGACGGUUCCUUGCGCAGGAUGUCGAUGGACUAUUCUACCAGGUUUCGAUUUCAGAAGGUUACGAAGAGGUACAAAAAAUGCUUGAGGAAGUGCUGAGGGCUUGUUUGAAUCGAGAAAAGAACAAGGGAAGCUCGACUCUCUCUAAAAUGAAGGAAGGGAUUAUGGUGAAGACGAAAUCUCUGAGAAGAAAAUCGACGAGUGAUUCAACACCAGCUGAACAAAUUCGGCCUACGACACUAGGGCAAAAUACGUCACCUGUGUCUGUCACGUGAUGUAAUAAUAUAUGAUAUGAACAAAUGAUCCCCACUUCCUCCCUUCUGGACAUAGAGAGGUCACUCUUCAGAGAAUUGGUCAGGUAUUUUCUUUACUCCUCCUCAACACCCACCCCCAGGGAAUAUUGGCCCUUACUUCCUCCCCCUCAAGGAGGAGAGCUAUUAUAUCCCUCCUAAAGGGAAAGGGGAAGCCCCUUUCCCCAGUUAACGGUAUGGUUCACCUCCUCCCUCCCCUAUCUCAAGGGAUAGUGUUUAUAUCCCUCCUAAAGAAGGGAAAGGGGGAAGCCUUUCCCCAGAUAACGGUAUGGUUCACCUCCUCUCUCCCCUAUCUCAAGGGAUAGUGGGCGAACGUCUUCAUCCACAAGCCUGCAUAUCAGAUCAAGUAACGAUCGAUUCACAAUAGAUGUGUUACAUCGCCUAUAAAUAUACGUACUGCACAAAUAAAUUGCCUACAUUAUUUCGUCAAGCGUCGAAAAUGACUUUUGGCUUUCCUAAAUGGGUGUUGACUUAGAAUGUUCAAGUAAAAUCAAAGACUGUAAUCAGUGACCAAAAUCUUGACCAAGACAUAACGGAAGACGGUUUAGUUUAACAGAUAAAUAAAAAGCCAAUAAAACCGCAACAUACAUUAUUGCAUCAAUGACUCGCAGAUGGUACUCGAGAAUAAAUGCGUUAAGAGAAAAUAAUGAAUGUCACAGGAAUGAAAGGUUUAGUUGAGUAACGUCAUCGACGCCAUCUUAGAGGACAUGUUUUGCGACUAGCGACAAGGCAGAGGAAAAAGACUCAUUGAGGCAAAACCGAAAAAUGAAGGGAAUAAAUGAAAGCUGGGUUUAAUAUAACUGACGUCAUAGACGCCAUUUUGGAUGACGUUUUGCGACUAGCGCACCAACAUGGCUGCCAUGUUUUUUCUUACAGAAGAACGAAAUACGACGUCAAAGAAAAUAUUUGAAUUUUCUUCAGCUUAAAUUUCUGUUCCACUUGAAAUUUGCUUGUAAUUUGUUUCAUGCUCAUCAACAUAUCUUGUCCAAAACACCAAGACGUUAGUAAUAAAAUAAUAAAGACUAACUAUGACGUCA